GUCAAUCCCCAUCCAUCCAUCCAGCCAGCCAUCCAUUCUCCAUCAUGAGUUCUUGCUCUCCUUCACUCAUGAGUCCUCUGCUCUGUUGGCCAGGUUCCUCGCCUGCCUGUGAGCGGUGACGAAGGGAACGGGGCCGUUCGUGCUCCUCCGCGGGGCCGUUUGCGGCGGCCUCGGCACGCAGCCACACCCACACACGGGCUGUGCUGCCGGUGUGUGUGGGGGCGGGCGGGAGGGUGGGAGGGGACAGGGCGGAAGGUGCAUGGUCGUGCUACGUCUGCUGCCUGGCUGGGGGCGGGGUGGCGGUGUCAAGGCCAAAGACGCGCCAGAGGGAGGCGACAGUGGAUAUUCCGCCGGGGGAGGGCUGGCCAGGCCCGCAUGGUGGUGGUGUGCCUCGGUAAGAGGCGACUCAGGACCGAUACCUGGAUGUAUACGAGAAACACAGACAGACAGACAGACAGGGAUGCAUCGAUGAACGCACUGACUGCAUCAGGUGAGUGACUGCCUGCCUGACGUACCGGCGGACUCGUCAGCCGGUCCAGUGCCAGUCCCCUUGGCCCCUCCCAGCUCAGCGGCGCGUCGCUUCUUGUCCCUCCGCUGCUUCCUGCUCUUGGGUUUCUUGCCGCGCGGCAGACACAGGUGGCAGUGGUCGCACAACUUGCCCUUCCAACAACCACGCUUCGUACCAAACCAAUAACACCUGACGUAUGGAUGGAUGGAUGGAUGGAUGGAUGGAUGCCGAGUCUCUGCCAGUGGUGUGUGCUGAAUCGUGUGUCGUGUCGUCGGCGUACCGUUUGUUAGGGCAGGAUGGUGUGUCUCUGUGCGACAUGCUGCCGAUGUUCAGAACGGUCCCGCGCAGACGUCCCUCAUACUGUGAGGCGGGGCAGCUGCGCGCCCGUCGCACUGCCGUCCCCUCGCCGGCCUCAUCCAGCCCCUCCCUCGCAGCGUCCGCGCUGACACUCAGCCCGCCCGGCCCACCAUUGUCCUGAUACAUUGGCGCACUCGCCGCUCUGAAUGGCAUCCCGCCGCGAGCAUAAUCACGACGACCGCCUCCCUGCUGCUGUUGCUGCUCAGCCUGCUGUAGUUCGUGUGGUCCUUCAUCGAUGUGUGGGAUCAAAGGCGGCUUGGUUGGGAAGUGGAUGAAUGUGUGCUUGGUGGGGAACUCGGUGAACCGAUGGCCGGGCGGGGAGAGGUGCAGCGGAGGUGUGGGGCCGGGUUCCUCAUCCGGCUCAUCUCCCCAAGAGGAGGGCGGCGAGGUGGCCUCACUCGCCGGGAGCGGCGUGAUCGCCACCUCAAAUGCGGCAGCGGUUGUGCGUGUUGGACACGGCAUGCUGGCCCGACGCAGUGCCAUCUGCCGCACAACAAGGGUGGUGCUGCGGCUGCGAACACACAACAUACGCCAGAUCAGAUAAUCACAUCAGUGAGGCCAUGUGCGGCAUAUCUUACCUGUGAGGCGAUGUGUGCCGUUGAAGGCAUCUUGAGAGCCCUCGACAACGAGGGAAAGGAGCCCUGCCU